AUGCCUGAUGUUGGGUUGUGGUUAGAAGAGAUAAAUUUGGGAAGUUAUCGUCAAAUAUUCAAAGAAAUUGGUGUAAAUGAGGAAUACUUAGAAAGCAUGUCAAUGUUCACGACAGAACAGAUACUUAGGUUUACAAGACGAUGUCACAUGAAAUGUGGUGACUUUAUAACCCUUUGCAAGGAACUAAGGCGAAUUAAAGUGGCUUGUUUGAAAGGAGAACAAAGGGUACGAAGGCCAUGGUGGGCACCUCCUUGUUUGACGGUUGUUUUCGUCAAGUCUGCGAAGAGUAAUCGGCAAGCCAGAGUUGUGUCGCUGAAGCUUGAACCUUAAUGGAUUUUGCUCUUUUCUAUGUAUGUAAUUAAUAAUAUGUAUGUAUGUAUGUGUGUGUGUAAUUCUCACUUGUUUCAUGGCUUUAAUCAUCCAAUUGGAGUAAAAUUCAUCUUUUGGUUCUUCAA